ACGGAAAAAACCAAGAUUUCUACCAUAGUUAUGCUGCAGAUUGAGGGUGAAGUUUUUCCGGUGACAGUGGAGGAGGAGGAGUGGCGGAUGGACCCAGAUUGGUGGCUGGCUGGAGAACGGCGAAACCCGGCAACAGAGUCCGACUCAGAAGCUUCCAGCGACGGUUACAAUAAUUGUCAAUUAAAUGAGGACGGAUUUCUGGGCGAUGAAGUCGCUGAUUUGGCCGAGGAUCGCGCACCAACGGCUCUUGACGUGCAUGGAAGUUUAAAUGAGCAAGGAGUUUUGGCGGAAAAAGGAUCGGGUGAGUUGAUUAGGGAACAUGGGCUUGGUGAGAAUGGGCCGGGUGUGGAUAACUUGCGUGGGCCAGAACUUGUGGAGAAUGGUCUGCAGCAGGCCGAAGGUGGUAUGUUGGUGACAGCUGGGUCGCAACAUGGUCGGUGGGAUCGGGUGAAGAAAUACAAAUGUGUGGAGGAGAUAUAUGCUAGGGGCAGGGGAGUGAGGGAACCGACAGAAACAGAGUUGUCGUGGGUUACAGAGAGAACAAAGCUCAGAAGGGAAAGAAAGGAAAAAGUUCAGCUGGCUGGGUCUCGGCAGGAAGUGCAGCGGGAAGCUUCUCUGUCCGAUGGUUGUAUUCAACAUAGAAACCAAGCUACUCGGCAACAGAUGGAGGUAGAUGAAGUGCGCAGAUUAUUUGAGAUGGGGCAACGGUUGGGAGUACAAUGUCAACAGAAUGAAGCAGAGAGAAAGGAGGUUCACAAUCUAGUUAGAAAGGAGAAGCCUGAUUUCUUAUUCAUUCAGGAAACGAAAUUAGAAGUGGUGGAGGGUUCUUUGUGCAGGAUGUUGUGGAUUUCGGAAGAUUUUGAUUGGGCAAUGCAAAAAUCACAAGGAAAUUCGGGGGGGUUAUUGUGCAUAUGGAACAAGAGGAGUUUUGUGAAAAAGAGGGUGUUUGAAGGAAAGGGGUUUAUUGGGAUUUCGGGGGAAUGGGGUAGUAAACAGCUCAGCUGUAAUAUGGUGAAUGUGUAUGCUCCUUGUGAUAAGAAAGAGAAGGUUUUGUUGUGGGAAGAGAUGGGGAGUUUAGUAUCGAAUCAGGGUGGGAGGUGGCUUUUAGCAGGGGAUUUUAACUCUGUUCGAAGUAUAAUAGAAAGGAAGGGGAAAUUAGGGGAGACUCAGGAUAUGGAAGAAUUUAAUCGAUUUGUGGAAGGGACCGGUCUUAUUGAUGUUAAAUUGUUGAACAGGAAGUUUACUUGGUAUAGAUCUGAUGGAAGCUCAAUGAGUAGACUUGACAGAUUUUUGUUAUCUUCGGAGAUGUGUAUGGUGGAAAGAGAUUGGACACAAGUUGGGGUUCGACGCUCAAUCUCAGACCACUGUGCUAUUAUUUUGAAAUCAAGAAAUGUUGAUUGGGGUCCUAAGCCGUUUCGAGCUCUUGAUGUAUGGCAACAACACCCAGAGUUUAGAGAUUUUGUGGUGGCUAAAUGGGAAAAUUUGCAAAUUGAAGGCUGGGCAGCUUUUAAGUGUCAAAAAAAGCUGCAAUUAUUAAAGGAGGAAUGCAAAAGGUGGAACAAGGAGGUGUUUGGAAAUGUGGAGAGAAGGUAUGAGAGUUUGUUGCAGCAAAUUGAGAUGUUAGAUAAAAAAAGUGAGGACACUGAUCUAAAUGAGAAUGAGGUGUUGUUACGAAAGGUGUGUUCUCAGGAAGUUUGGGAAGUACUACAGAAAAGAGAAGCGGUGUGGAGACAAAAAUCGCGAGCCAAUUGGGUUCGCCUUGGGGAUGCCAAUACGGCUUUCUUUCAUAGAAGUGUGCAUGCUCGACGAGCACAGAAUGUAUUAUCAGGCAUCUUAGGUGAGGGUGGGUGGGUUGAGGAACCUGAAAUGGUAAAGGAGGAGGCAGUAAGGUAUUUUUGUCAGUUAUUUCAGAAUGAUCAGUGGAGUCGUCCAGUGAUGGGUGGGAUUCAGUUUCGUCGAAUUUCAGAUGAACAGAGGGAGUGGCUCGAAAGGCCUUUCUCAAUAGAGGAGAUUGAAGAAGGACUUCAUAGUUGUGAUGGCUCGAAGGCACCCGGUCCAGAUGGGUUUAAUUUUAAUUUCAUAAAGUUUGCGUGGAGUUCUUUGAAAGAUGAUUUCGUGAAUUUUAUGUGUGAAUUUCAUCAACAUGGAAGGUUAGUGAAAGGAUUAAAUUCUUCAUUCCUUGCAUUAAUCCCUAAGAAAUUGAAUCCUAUUCAGUUUAAAGAGUAUAGGCCUAUUAGCUUGUUGGGGUGUUUGUAUAAAUUGUUGGCCAAGGUUCUGGCGAAUCGGUUGAAAAUGGUAAUGUCAGAUAUAAUUAGUGAUUCUCAGUCCGCUUUUGUGGGUGGUAGGCAGUUGGUGGAUAGCGUGUUAAUCUUGAAUGAGGUUGUGCAUGAGGUCAAAAGCAGAAAGCAACAAAGCUUUAUGUUUAAAGCUGAUUUUGAGAAAGCUUACGAUUGUGUGGAUUGGGGUUUUCUCGAUUGGAUGAUGGAUAGUAUGGGCUUUGGG